CGAUUGGUCAGUUUAGGUUCGCUGGUUCCUCGUUAGCUUUCCCAGUUCCACCACUUGGGGGAUGACCCAAACUCACUUCGGCUGCGUUCAGUCCAAUUCCCUCGUUAGCAUCUUCCCUCAGACCAACCUCAGUUCUCGUUUGUUAGUUGCCUUUACGAACUCGCGAAGAGUACAGUAUUAAUGUUUCGGUUACUGCUAGCGAACAUUAGCUAGCCAUCAAGUAGGCUAGGUAAUAUUUGCGCUACAGUUUGGAAAGGUGACUAACUAGCUAGCGCUCACUGGCUAGCUAUCCAACAACGUAAGCGAAGGAAGCGUUAAGACGAAGAAGGCGUUUUGAUCAAUUUUUGUGUUUUAAUCUAAAAAGAUGAAGGUUACCGUGGAUUUUGAAGAAUGUCUUAAGGAUUCGCCCCGAUUCCGGGCUACCAUAGAGGAAGUGGAGGCUGAUGUGUGUGAAUUGGAAUCCAAGCUGGACAAGCUGGUGAAGCUGUGCAUUGGAAUGAUUGACGCGGGGAAAGCGUAUAACACAGCCAAUAAGCAGUUUGUGGGCGGGAUCCGGGAGCUGGCCCAGCAGUCUGCCAGUGAUGAGGUCAUCGAGACCAGUCUGACCAAGUUUGCCGAAAGCCUGCAGGAGAUGAUCAACUACCACACGAUCCUGUUUGACCAAGCCCAGAGGUCGAUCAAGUCCCAACUCCAAACGUUUGUGAAAGAGGACCUGCGGAAGUUCAAGGAGGCGAAGAAGCAGUUUGACCGGGUGAGCGAGGAGAAGGAGGCGGCGCUGGCCAAGAACGCUCAGGCGCCGCGCAACAAGCCACACGAGGUGGAGGAGGCCACCAACAUCCUGACCGCCACGCGCAAGUGCUUCCGCCACAUCGUCCUGGACUACGUGCUGCAGAUCAACGUGCUGCAGUGCAAGAGAAGAUCUGAGAUCCUUAAAUCGAUGCUGUCCUUCAUGUAUGCCCACCUGACCUUCUUCCACCAGGGCUACGACCUGUUCAGCGAGCUGCAGCCCCUCAUGAAGCAGCUCGGAGGACAGCUGGACCAGCUGAUGGUGGAUGCGGACAAGGAGAAGAAAGAUAUGGAGCUGAAGCACUCUACCAUCCAGAAAAAGGACUUCUCGAAUGAGGACACCAAACUGGAGUACAAUGUGGAUGCAGACAAUGGAAUCGUCAUGGAGGGGUACCUGUUUAAGAGGGCCAGCAACGCCUUCAAAACAUGGAACAGGCGAUGGUUCUCCAUUCAGAACAACCAGCUAGUUUAUCAGAAGAAAUUCAAGGAUAACCCCACGGUGGUGGUGGAGGAUCUGCGGCUCUGCACCGUCAAACACUGCGAGGACAUCGAGCGCCGCUUCUGCUUCGAGGUUGUGUCCCCAACCAAGAGCUGUAUGAUGCAGGCCGACUCAGAGAAGCUCAGACAGGCCUGGAUCAAAGCCGUCCAGAACAGCAUCGCCAGCGCCUUCCGGGAUAAGGGGGAAGACGCAGAGAAGCUGGACAAGAAGCCGUCGGCCUCCACAGCGAGCCUGGACCCGGAGGCGAAGGAGCGCUGCGUGCGGGGGGAGGGGGCGCUGCAGCGGGUUCUCUGCGUCCCGGGAAACGCCGUCUGCUGCGACUGCAGCCAGCCGGACCCCAGCUGGGCCAGCAUCAACCUGGGCAUCACCCUCUGCAUCGAGUGCUCCGGAAUACACAGGAGUCUGGGUGUUCACUUCUCCAAGGUGAGAUCGCUGACUCUGGACACCUGGGAGCCGGAGCUGCUCAAGGUGAUGUGUGAGCUGGGGAAUGGGGUCCUAAACCCGAUAUAUGAAGCACGUCGAGAAGAAAUGAAAGUCAAGAAGCCAGAGCCCGGAGAUCCAAGGCAGGAGAUCGAGGCCUACAUCAGAGCCAAGUACGUCGACAGGAGGUUCGCCCGCAUUCCAUCGCCUGCCCAGCAGAGGUCAAAGGUCAUCAUCCUGAGCAAGCAGGAGAAGCGGCUGAGCAUCAGUUCGGAGCACCUGUCGCCCAGGCCGGCCCCGCCCACGCCCAAGCUCCACGCCACCUCUGACACAGCAGCCUCAGCCAGCCAAGGCAAGGCCCGUCGAGACUCUCUCUUCUGUCCUGACGAGCUCGACUCGCUCUUCUCCUACUUUGACACCUCUUCGAAGCAGUGGAGUAUGAAGGUGAAGAGUCCGGACAGCGGCAUCCAGAACAGCGCUGAGGGGAGCCGGGAGAUGCUGGCGACCACGCCCUCCACCAGCAGCCUGGGCGACCCGGAGACAGAGUCGACGCUGCCGCUGGCGGGUUCGCGGCGGGGCUCGGCGCUGAUCCCGGAGGCUAAAGACUGCUCCCCCGGGCUGCAGCUGUACUGGGCCGCCGCCGCCCGCGAUUUCCCCAGCAUGGCCGAGGCGCUGGCCCACGGCGCCGAUGUCAACUGGGUCAAUGAGCGGGACGACAGGAGGACCCCGCUGAUGAUGGCUGUGCAGGGGGGUUGCCUGGUGACCUGUGAGUUCCUGCUCCAGAACGGGGCCAACGUGAACCAGCAGGACGCACACGGCCGGGGCCCCCUGCACCACGCCACCAUCUUGGGCCACACUGGGCAGGUGUGCUUGUUCCUGAAGAGAGGGGCCAGUCAGAACGCCGUGGACGUGGAGGGGCGGAGUCCUCUGUCCAUCGCCGUGGAAGCAGCCAAUGCUGACAUCGUCACCCUGUUGCGGCUGGCCAAGAUGAACGAGGAGAUGCGGGAGUCGGACGGACCCUACGGACAGACAGGGGACGAGACCUACCAGGACAUUUUCCGAGAUUUUUCCCAGAUGGCGUCGAACGACCCGGACAAGCUGAACCGCUUCCAGCCGCAUGACGCUCCGCGGCUGUGAGAGGGGAGCUGGGCUCCGGGCCGAGCCCAGGAACAGGCCCCGAGGCCUGGGCAGGUGCUGCCGUCCCCCUGGGUGGGCUGCUGGAGGUGCCCCCCCAGGAGCGCUGAUACCCCCGUCUCUGCUGGACUUUGCCCCAGAACCUCGACUCCCCCCCCUAAACGGACAAUACGUUUCAAUUUUUUAAAAUGACAUUUUUUGCUCUUUCUUUUUUUUUUUUUUCCUUUUUAGUAAAUUAUUCUUGAUUUGAUUUUAAUGGUCAACAAAAAUGAAUAGCCUUUGUAGAAUAUGUAUUUCUCCACAAUGGGGGCAGAAGGGGGGGAUGAAAUUAAAACCUGAAAUGUCAACUCGAGAAUGGAAGCGCUGAAAAUGUUUUUAAAUAUCCCGGUGUUUAUACCUGGAUGUAUUCGCAGGCUCCCAACGCCUCGUAAACACGCCACGCGUUUUAACAGCUGCUGUGUAUUUGACGGUCCGGGAGAUCAAGGGCUUCCCCGCCUGACUGUUAGCUUUAUAAAGUUUACACUCAUAUGGCUUCUUGACGGGGUCCCUGCAUUUACAUCUCGGUCCCGUUUCCUGGAACACAAGGACGGGAGCACAGCCUGUCCAUAAUUGAUCUCCCGCGUGUUUAAACUUCCAUGGACUUGCGCUCGGGAGAGAAGGCUCGUCCCAUCAGAGGUCUGGGGCACAGUUGUUAAAUUGGGGCCUUAAAGCCACACGCAGGGCAACUGGUCCAUAUACCAGUAUCAUAAUAUUGCCGUGAUUAUGUUUUUAUAUCUCUUGCCAUCUCUGUGUAUGUGCAUUUAUUAUGUACACAUGUACUGUAGCUAUAUUGUAAUUGUUUUUUUUUUGUUGUUUUUUUUUUUAAUCCAGUGAAGUGCCCUUUGAUAUGUUAUGCUAGGAAUUAUGGCCAUUUUGAGAUGCUAGAACAGGAGGUACUAGACCUGGAGUAUCUUGGCUGACGAUUUUGUAAUCUCCCUAGGCAGUGGUCCACUUUACAUCAGUUUUAGAUAUUCUGUUGUCUGUUUGCAAAGUACAGAGUUACAGAGUGUGUGGUCGACUAGCUUGGACACCCGGUCUGCUACAAAACAAACUCAUGUUCAGACAUUCCUAAAUGCUCAAGUCCCCUUCAUUGGGAGGUUUUAUAGACCACCAGCCUUUUGUAGCCUGAUGAGAUUUAAGAAAAUGGCUGUAAGUUGGAGAUUAGUUAAUGCAAAUCAAAUGUAAGUACUCAGUGAAACAGUGUAAUUCCGCUCCUAAAUGUGUUUAGCAAGCGGCAGUAGGUUCACUGUGACUCGCUUCCCCAGCACGACUUCUUUGUGAUUAUUUUAACAAACCAGGAAGGUUGUAAACACUUGGCCAUUUUAGAUCUCUUACUGAUUGUGAAGACAGAAAUGUUUGCGUCUUUAAAUUCCAGUUUCUGUGAAGGCUUUCUAAAGUCAGAGUCUACAGCAGUAAUUAAUUAAUUUUAUUUUUCCCUGGGAUGAGUCUUUAAAUAUCCGAGCCUUAAGUUGCUGUGUUUUUUUGCUCGGUGUAUCACUGAUAUGUCAUGUCUUGGCUCAUUCAGUUUUUGGCACAAAGAAAUUAAAAAAUUUUUAUUAUUUUAAUGUUUUAGUUUUUUGCGGUGACAGUGAGAGGAGGGCGGUAUGCUGGCCUUUGUUUUUAAAGCUGAAAGAUACUUAGAGCUCCCUGUGGGCCUCUGUCCAGUGUGUUUAAUUUAAAGCCUGGUCUGGACAUCAUUCCCACCCCGGUGGUCUUCCCGUGCUCUGUAAUUAAAGCGCGCGCGCAGGGACUCGUCUUUAGAGUGCGGGCCUCCAGUGGGGUUUCUGAAAUGGUGGCGGGUUUUCCCACCUGCGCAACAAGUCAGUGAAAAAGAGACAGCGCGUGCAGGCGGGGGUGCUCUCAUCUGUAAUAGGGACUCAGCUAAUGAGCCCCCACCCCCUCCUCCUCCUCCUCUGGAGAGGAAGCCUGGCUACUUGCGUAUUCGCGUGGCCGGCCGGUCCUAGACGAUGACGCGCUUGAACCUGCUGAAUCUCAGCGCGUGGUCAGAGGAGGCGUGGUCGCGGUAAUUAACGGCUAUGCGAGACGCGCGUGAAUCGGCUCUCGCUCAAAUGAAGUGAAACGCAGCUACCUGUGUUUAUCUUGUGCUGGAAUACGGACUGUAGUGAGAAUUGUUCUUGGUUCACUAAAUGUUUUCAAAUAUGUAUCCAGAACAGAUGACUCUGAUGCUAAAGAGUGGGAUGUAAAUUAUGUAUAUAAUGUACAUAAUCUAUGAAUAUAUGCUUCUUUAAAUAAAUCGCUGUGGUACUUGAGUCAUUAAAAAUACGCUGCUUGUA